AUGCCGCCAGCAUUUGGGCCACCGGACGUGACGUUCAAAGGCACCUUGCCAAAGGGUGUCACGGGCAAAGACGUGAUCGUGGCACUUUGUGGUUUGUUCGACAAGGACGAUAAUCUCAACCAUGCCAUUGAGUUCGCCGGGUCAGAACAAACCCUACAAAGUCUGCCUGUUGCUGCCCGACUGACGAUUGCAAACAUGACUACCGAAUGGGGUGCACUCACCGGACUAUUCCCUAUGGAUUCGGUCCUACAAGGUUGGUUGAGGGCAAAAGCUACAAUGUCCGCGUUAGAUACGUCCGAAGGACGCGCAGGUAAUCCGCGUUUCUCGCACCCGAGACUCGAUCAGCUGUUUGAGAACCAGCUUACUGCUGAAAAAGGCGCUCAAUACGCAAAAUCACUCUAUCUCGACCUGAACACUCUCUCACCUUACGUGUCUGGACCCAAUCCGCUCAAGGUGGCCACACCUCUCAACGUCUUGGAAGACCAGAACAUCAAGAUCAACAAAGCAUAUCUCGUGUCUUGCACCAAUUCACGGGCUUCCGACCUGGCUGCGGCUGCCAAGGUCUUCAAGGACGCCGCCGAAAACAACGGGGGCAAGGUACCCAAGAUCGCGGAAGGGGUCAAGUUCUACAUUGCGGCAGCCUCGCUCCCUGAACAGCAACUAGCCGAGGAGGCCGGCGACUGGCAGACUCUCCUUGGUGCCGGUGCCAUCACUCUCUCUGCGGGUUGUGGUCCAUGUAUAGGCCUCGAGACCGGACUUCUCGAGCCCGGCGAGGUCGGCAUCAGUGCCACGAAUCGCAACUUCAAAGGCCGCAUGGUUAGCACCGAUGCCAAGGCAUAUCUGGCCAGUCCCGAGGUGGUCGCGGCCAGUGCUUUGACGGGCAAGCUCAGCGGCCCAGGUUGGUACGAACGGCCCGAGGGCUAG